AUGGCCAAUCGAUCAAUCGUUGUUUUCAUGCUCUUUGCCACCCUGGCAUUCGCCAUGGUAGCAGAGUCUUCAUUGUCCUCCCACUUCAACGACCCUGCAUUCGGCGUACUUGUCCGCACUGAUGGUGGACUUGGUGACCUGACUGCAGGUCGCAUCGGGGACACGCUUUUCGAGGAUGAAGAGAUGAUGAUGCCUACGGAGGCCGCCCGUAGGGCCCUCAAUAACCAGGAUCACAUCAGCUAUGAUGCGAUGGCUAGGAACAAAAUCCCAUGCAAUCGUCGCGGCGCAUCGUACUAUGAGUGCACCCGCAUGCAGAGGGUCCGGCCUUAUAGACGUGGCUGCGCCAAAAUCACCAAUUGUGCAAGACGCGGUUAA